AUGUGUUUUGGAGGAAGUAAGAGAGAAUGUCAGGCCAACCACAGGAGAGGGAAGGGCAGUCGACUCGUCCGUCGAACUCCCCCGAACGAUCAGCACCCCCGCAGCCGAACCGCCUUCGACAGGCAAUGGAGAAAGAAGCACGCCAAACUCUUGGGCGACCUCCAAAGUCUCGGCAAUACUUCAAACAAUGUUGAAUCAGAUCAACCACCUCGCCCAAGGGACAGCCGCGUGCUUCGACGAACUCACAGCCGCUCAGAACCUCACCCAGACUCAAGUAGCCGACCUGCGAGCGUCUCGGAGCCAAGCAUCGCACGGACCCGGAACACGACAGCCAACUCAACUCUCGCCCGGACUAAUGAGAAAUCUGUUCGCGAAACCGAGUUCACACCUCAAGCAACCACACCCCCGGCCCAGGCAACGCCGAGCACGAACACAGCCGUCACGCCGAACUUCCGCCUACUUCAACUCCGCAGGAACAACGCAACGAAGCAUGCGACAUGGAGCUCGAAUCGCUGCGCGAAACAAUUAAAAGAAAUGACAUCGAAGAUCCAUCAAGCAACUAGUUCCGCUCCGGAGAUCACCAAAGUUCUGAAGGCAUCGAAGAACACACCUUUCACACCCGCAUAA